AGCUGUUACAGAGGCUCCUCCACAGCGACUGGCACUACCUACCAAGCUAUAAAAAGAACGCCAUCUUCCUCACCUCUCACGUACACCCUGUGGUCAAGGUCACGAGCCAUAACCCUGCCCCCUCACGCUGUGGACAAAGCUCCCCCUUCUCCCUGAUCCAUCCCCCUGUUUUCCGACCCACAACAGACAAAAAACUACGAAAGCACCACUCGGCCCCUCGUCUAGAGCUCCGUCCCCUCUCAUCAGUCACCCCAAGCCCCGCCCCUCUCAGAGACACUAGCUCCGCCCAUUUCUCUUUGAACACUCCGAGAAGUGUCCACUGGCAUCCGGUUGCUAUCCAAAAGUCUACAAAAUCAGAACAACUUUUGCAUUCCAGGU